GGGAGACACAUGAGCAGGGAUGGAGGAAGAGAAGGAGGAACAGGGAGAGAGCACCCAGAGUGGGACGACGUCUUCCCAGGCUGACACAGUGACUCAGAGCUGCAGUGAGAAGUGCGGCGAGGCCCAAAACCUCCAGCAGCCAGAGGAGGACGAUGACCAGGCUGACAGUGGAGCCUGUGAUGGAGAGGUAGAGCCCAGUCAGGUCGGGGAGGAUCCAUGUAUCAGUGACACAGAGACAUUACCACAGGAGUCUCUGACAACCACACACACACAGGACGAUGUCGACUGCCUCCCAUUGUCCCCCCUGCCAACAGAGGAAGAGAGUCAUCAAGUGUCAUCUCAUCCCUCCAACACACAGAAUCGGCCGUCUGAACCCUGCUGGUAUUGCCUGAGGUCUCUUGACUCGGAGUAUCGUCCUGAAACUCCUCAACAGGAAGACUCUGAUCCUGUGUCACCAGCGCCCUCUAGCGGUCAGAAAGUGAGCUACCAGACAGACCCUCGGCCUCACUUUGGUGUAGCUUGGUCCUCCCGUUCCACGUGUCGCCCCCUGUGGGGCAGUGAGGGGCCCUGCCGGGGGCAAAGGAACCAUGAAGCGCCUGAUCAGACACACACCUGCCCGCACUGCCAUCUGGGGCUGCCCCCUGACACACUGCGCUGGCACGAGGCCAAGUGUCUACUGUUUGAAGGGCUGAGGAACUUAAAGAAAUAAAAGGAGUCAUCACCAAACAAAAAUGUUGCUUGUACUUAAAAAUGUUGCCGUCUCAUCUCUGUAUUAGUGCUCUCAGGAAGUACUUUGCACCUAAAAGUCAUGUGCAAUAUCUCUUUUCUGCUCGUAAACAACUGUCUGUUUACACCUAAGCUUAGCCAUGUCCAUCCCUUAUUUCAUUUUGACUUUUGUGUAAUUUCUGUGAUAUGUUUAAUGAUGUGUCAGUACAAAUAACAUGCAUG